CUACCAACAUCCAGUUACUUUAACUUCUGUGGUUCAAAUAGUAGCUUCUGUCAGGUCUGCUUCAUUCUUCUGAGUUGGAAUACAGAUUAUUCGGUGGGAUGGGUUGUGCGGGUUCUAGGGCAAAUAAUGGUAAAGCCUUGGAGAAAAAGAAUACACAGACACCUAAAACCAACCGCUACAGCAGCGACCCGUCAAUGACAGAGAGAUCUGCAUCCCUGCUUCCUGGACAGAUUCUACAAAAUGUGGAUGCUUGCAUGGCUCAGGAGCAAAUUGUUGUCGCCCUGUUUUCUUAUGAGCCUUUGAAAAAGGCAGAUUUGGGCUUCAAGAAGGGAGAGAGGCUCAAAAUACUAAAAGCGGAUGGUGAUUGGUGGACAGCCAAAUCUUUGUCCUCAGGACGUGAGGGUCUUAUACCUUCAAACUAUGUCGGAUCAGCUGGCAGCAUGGACACAAAUGAAUGGUUUUUUAAGAACAUUAGCAGAAGGGAUGCUGAAAGACAACUGCUGGCCCCCUCAAACAAAGCAGGAGCCUUCCUCAUUCGGGAGAGUGAGACGACUCCAGAAAAUUUCUCCAUGUCAGUGAGAGACACGAGUCCUGAUGGUUCAGAUCAGAUCAAGCACUAUAAGAUCCGCAGACUUGAUAAUGGAGGAUUCUACAUUUCUCCUCGAAUCACCUUCAGAAAUUUAGAAGAUCUCAUCAAACACUACCAGAAGAAUGCUGACGGCCUUUGUAGACGUUUGGAUAAAGCAUGUGUAAAGCCUCAAGUCGCCACCUCGUGGGAUCAGGACGCCUGGGAGAUCAGAAAAGACGCGCUGCGUAUGAUAAAGAAACUUGGGGCUGGACAGUUUGGAGAGGUCUGGAUGGCGUACUAUAAAAACAAGACUAAAGUAGCAGUGAAAACACUGAAGCCCGGCAGUAUGACAGUGGAAGCAUUUCUCCAGGAAGCAAACCUCAUGAAAACCCUUCAGCACAAGCGGCUUGUUCGUCUCUAUGCUGUAGUGACCAAAACCCCACCAAUCUACAUCAUCACAGAGUAUAUGGCUAACGGCAGUCUAUUGGAUUUCCUGAAGAGCCUAGCCGGCAGAAAACUACAGCUUCCUAAACUCAUCGAUUUUUGUGCCCAAAUAGCAGAGGGCAUGGCAUAUCUUGAAAAGAAGAACUUCAUCCACAGAGAUCUGCGUGCCGCUAAUGUACUUGUAAGUGAAAGUCUGCUGUGUAAAAUUGCAGACUUUGGCCUAGCCAGAGUCAUCGAAGACAACGAGUACUCAGCGAGAGAAGGAGCUAAAUUCCCCAUAAAAUGGACGGCCCCUGAAGCCAUUAAUUACGGUUCCUUUACCAUUAAAUCCGACAUGUGGUCUUUUGGUGUUCUUAUAUAUGAAAUUGUCACCUACGGCAAAGUCCCCUAUGCAGGCCUGAGCAAUAGUGAGGUGAUGGUGAAAGUUCGGCAGGGAUAUCGGAUGCAGUGUCCUGAGAACUGCCCUCAAGAGCUCUAUGACAUCAUGAAGAUGUGCUGGAAGGCCAAACCCGAGGAGAGACCCACAUUUGAAUACACGCAGAGUGUCCUGGAGGAUUAUAACACGGCCACUGAGGGCCAGUACCAACAACAAUAAGACAAUAACUCCCAUGCCAACAGGACAGUUAAAGGAGCCCUUAAUGAACAUGUACUUGAGUACUUGACACACAAUAUGUCCAUUGACUAUUUUUAUUCAAUAUUUUAGGUUUAAAUGUAUAUGAAUGUAUAAAGGAAAGAGUAUAUCUGAGGCACUGUAACUGUUCACCAACAAUUUUUAAUCACCUUUUUUGCUUUCACUAGUUAAUUUUCGUUGUCCUACAGUGUGACUAAUUUAAGUAUAAAUAUAUAGGGACUUGGUUUUUCAGUUCCUUUGAUCAGUUUUUAGAAAACAGAACAGAAUGUAAAUUAUAGUGUCAAAUUUAAUAUGUGCGAUAACUCAACUAAAAAUUAUCACUAUCCACAUUUAAUUAAUUGCAUGUGUUAAGACAAUAAUUAUGAGAGACCUAAUUAUACAUAUACUAGCAUAAUACUAUUAUAUAUCUUUGAGCCACUAACCAAUGUACAAGUGUCUAUUUGAGAAAUAGACACCUCACAUGUCCUCAGCUGACAGCUUCAUUGAAUUCUACCCGCUCAACACCAGUUUCAUGUACAACAGUAAAGAGAAGACUCAGGUGUGCAGGCCUUAUGGGAACAAUUGCAAAGAAAAAGACACUGUUGAAACAGACUCAUGCCCUACUUUGCAGGUCUUCUGAAGCGAUACAAUAGAUUUGGGUAAGGAACAGACCGAAGUUAUUUGCGGAAAAUUGUCCCCUCCACUGCAGCUCUAAAAGAUCUCAAUUUGGCAUGUCGGUCUUGCACAAAGCUAUCAUAUGACUUCAGAAGAACAAAAGACAAUUUCAUUUUAACCCUACAAGUUUGCCUUGGGAAAAGGAAUACUAAAGAACAAGUUGAAUACGGUGCAAGAGUAACAUUUUGAUGGUGAGGACAGAAGUCACGAGUCAUGUUUUUUUUUGUUUUUUUUUUCCUUAACCAGUGUUCGAGGUUUAAUACAAGUUAAGCUUAAUUGACAGCAUUUGUGGUAUAAUUGUUGAUUACCACAAAAUAUUUCAACUUGUCCUUCCUUUAUAUAUAAAAAAAAGUGGUUAAAGCACUUAUAAUGGAAGUGAACAAAACAGUCCAUAAAUGUUAAAAUACACAGCAUUUCAAAACAUAAAGGGAUAGUUCAACCAAAAAUGAAAAUUCUCCCAUCAUUUAUUCACCCUCAUGCCAUCCCAGAUGUGCAUGACUUUCAUCUGCUGAACACAGAUUUUUAGAAACCUAUUCCAGCUCUGUAAACAUUUUCAAACAAAAAAUGUAUUAGUGUGGACUCAGCCCAAGAUUGAGUCAUGUGACCCUAACAUGGCAGCCCCCAUGAGGGGACCCUCUCCAUGUAGAAUAAAACAGCU